UUUGGUGAAUUCGAUUAAUUUCAUUUUUUCUUUUUGUUCACACGCUUUAUUGAAAAUUUGAUUUCCAAUUAAAAAGCUUCUUAUUGUUGCCGAAAUUGCAUUUUUUUAUAUAUAUUUCUUCAUUUAAUUCUCUGGAGAACUACAGUAGGAAAUAUUUCUAAUUAUGCGCAAAUUGAAGUGUAUCAUGUAUGUCGUUAAUUAGAAGAGUCAAGACAUUUGAUUGGGCUUGAGUGUCACCAGCAUUCAUGUUGUGCGUGAUGAUUGAAGCUUCCUCAUCGUGAUUGAAAUGUUUGAUUGUGAAGAUAUGCAGCUAAGUUGUUUGUCAAAAUGUCUGAUGCCACACACACACACACCACUCACAUUUUGUACCAAUUUUUCUAUAUAUUUAUUUAUUUUCCCUAAAAGAUAAUCAAAUAAUGGUUCCUCAUUUCCGUGGCGAUGACUCGAACCCCCAACCUAAUGGUUGAAAGGGAAGAGUUUUGCCAAUUGAGUUGGGCUUCGUUGUCACAUUGUUUGCGACUACUAUGGUUUCAGGAAUGGCUGGGAAAGCAGUGAAAUCUGUUGCAAAAGCAGUUGGAGAAUACCAGUACCCGUGGCGAGAGAAGCUGACGAAAUACAGAGAUGAGCUGUCGAAGGGUGUGUGGGGUUACUGGGAGCUUGGUGCUUGGAAGCCUCUAGCUAUCAGUGCACGUCACAGGGCUCGGAUCCGCAAAGAGGUCCUCCUUGCUGGAGGUGAUUGGGAAUUUGAUCCAGAGCGGAAGGAGAUGAAGACCAAGAGGAAAGGGCACAAGGUUGAUAGGCUGGCUGCUGAGAAGCGAGCGAAUACUGCUAGACUUAUGGGGGAGAUGCCCAAGAUGUUGGAUGAUUAUAAGAAGAGAAGAUGGGAGAGGAAGAUGAAAGCGGAAGAGGACGCUGCCAAGAAGAGGUUGAACGAGUAGCUAACACCUCAGCGGUCAGACCUCUCGAUUCAUGGUAUUAAAAACUGGAUUGCGUUCUUGUUCGGUAUCACCUAGAAACUUAUGAUGCUUUGUUAGCUCCUACAUAAGUCUGGUGAUGAACAUCUGUUUUGAACCCUUAUGUUAUGAGGCAAUUGUGGGAGUUCUUUUUAGUUACUUGUUUCCUCUUUGGCCUGCUAGAAACUGAGAUGCUGAUGAAUAACAGGAUAUUAUGUGGAAAGAAGGAACUUUUGAACAAUGCAGUUGUUAUAAUAUUGUUUAAUGAA